AUGUGUAUCGCCCUUCGUGGUCUGGUGCAUCUGGCUCGAAGGGCUGGGUGCGUUGAAGCAGUCCACCGGCGAAUCCUGGGCUUCUCGAUAUCUCACGAUCUAGAGACGGCUCAUAUCCAUGGUUAUUAUCCCGAGAUUGAGGGCGACAAAGCAUCUUACUAUCGGCGGUCGAUUACACGGGUCCAUAUCUGGGCUGAAGAGCAAAAGUGGACUUGCUAUCGCUUUGUGCAGAGCUUGGAUGAGAUAUUCCUACCCCGUCAUAUCCAACGGGUGAUGGAUAUGUUGGACCGGAUCCCCGAG